UAUACGCGUUCAGUCCGCUUCACAAUGGCUGACAAACAAAUCUACUACUCGGACAAGUACUACGACGAUAUAUACGAGUACAGGCAUGUGGUUUUACCCAAAGAAAUGGCAAAAACUAUUCCUAAAACACAUCUACUUACAGAAGAUGAAUGGCGAUCUAUUGGAGUACAACAGAGUAAAGGCUGGGUACAUUAUAUGAUCCAUGAACCUGAGCCUCAUAUUUUAUUGUUCAAGCGACCACGAACCGAUUAAAAUGACAAGAUUCUUAUUAUUCAAUGUCAAGAAGGUUAGGGAUGGAAAUGUUUGUGUCUUAAGUAUUAUAAUGCUCUGUUGUAUAUAUAUUAACUUAUGAAAUAUGUUGAAGUAAUUUAGGAUAAGCUAAAAAUAGUUUCAACGUUUUUUUGAGUAAAUAUGUAAUGUUUAUUCAUUCUGUUAUGUUUCAA